AAAUUAAUUAAACAAAAACCCAAACACAAUCAACAACAUGGCCAUCGCUUACUUUAUACCCGACCAAAUCAAGCUGCUGGCGGCCAGCAGUGCCAACAACAGUCACACCAGUACGAAUAGCGGUGGCGGUGUUGGCGUCGGCAACACGAACCCAGCCGCAACAGCCGCGCCAGAACCAGCAGCGACAGCAGCAGCGCACAGUCCGAGCGGCGGACAACCGCAUGCCACACAUCAUCACCACAACAGCAAUAACAAUUUUCGCGCCAACAUCACCAUACCGCUGAGUGCCUACAGCGCAUCAGCUGCACAAACGGACACCGGUUGCUGGGAUUUGUUAACGCAAAUAUUCUGUCAUGCUUUGCGUUUUUGCCACCAAUCCGAACGGCAUCCGACUGUAAUACAAAUCUCAGUGGAAAUCAGUCAAGGCGAUGCGACGGGCGCCACAACGGUGCAAGUAGGUGCGGCGGCGCUGCCAGUGGAACAGCCGCGCGAGCAACAACAGCAGACAGUGUCGCCGACGUUAGUGGGGCAUACGACAGCGGUGCCACAAAACGCGGCAACACAAAAUGUGACAACUGGAAAUGUGUCUGCACCCAGCGUGGCACGACCGACGGUGUCAAGCGCUGAGGCAGCGGCGCCGAUUGUGAAUAGCAGAAAUCUGGAGCCCGGCACGCAUAAGCCGGCGGCGAGCAGGCGUUAAGACUACUGAGGUAUUCAAGGUUGGAAGUGUGCUCGAAAGUUUUGAUUGAAAUUCGAAAAUGAAAUCGAAUUUU